AUGUCAACUUCAUUGUUUCCUACCCCAGUUCCUCGGCGUAAAUACCCAGUGGAGUUCAAAGCCGGCAGACUUACUCGAGAUGGGAACACCAAUUGGCUAAAGGCCGACGAAAGAAAAGGACUCAUCUAUAUGGACAUGGGGGAAGAUCAGUUAAUGCAUUUCUAUUGGAAGGAUCGGAAAACAGGCACUGUUGUUGACGACUUAAUAGUUUUUCCUGAAGAAGCAGAAUUCACACGCGUAGAACAAUGCACCACAGGCCGUGUAUACUUGCUUAAUUUCAAAUCAUCAGCUCAAAAACUAUUUUUUUGGAUGCAAGACGCUAAGGAUGAUAAGGACGAAGAGUAUGCUAACAAAGUGAAUAGAUUACUUAACGACCCGCAAGGAGCGUUAGCAGAAAACAGACAACAGAGUAGUAGCACAAGUCAAUUCGGUAAUCCAUUUCAUGAUUUGGGAAUGGAUCAAGAACAAUUAAUGCAACUACUUCAAGGGCAAGGACCAUUUGGCCUUCCAAUUCCAUCAACUACACCCGCUAGCGAACCUCAAUCAAUCACAGCCACAACGUCAGAAGCGGGUUCCGGUGUACAGCCAUCAGAACACACAGUAACUCCGGAACAAUUGGGAAAUUUAAGGAACAUUUUGUCAGGAAUUCAAAUACCUGAGGGAUCUAGACAAUCAGAUUUGAAUCUUGCGGAUGUACUCGCUCCCUCUGCUAUUGGUCCAUUAUUGAAUGAUCCCGAGUUGUCAUCAGCUUUGUUCCCGCAUCUACCACCAAAUAUUAACCGAACACCCGAAGAAUUACGAGAAGUCAUCCAGAGUCCACAAUUUGCUCAGGCAUUGCAGUCCUUAAAUAUAGCUUUGCAGUCUGGCCAGUUAGGACCUCUUCUUACUCAAUUAGGAUUAGAUCCUUCAGCCGGUAAUGGUGGGUUGUUGAAAUAA